AUGUACCGAGGUGAGAAUUAUUAUGCAUCAACGGAGAUCAAGCCACAUCCUUGCUCCCUGCAGAUGGACGACGAUGCCUAUCUCGCUCGCCUCGGAAAACGAGCGCUCUUGCCACGCUCAUUCGGCUUCAUGUCCAUAUUAGGCUUCUCCUGCUCGUCUCUGAUAUCCUGGGAAGGCAUCCUCGUGACCUCCGUCGGCGGCCUUCUUAACGGCGGUCCCGCUGGCGUCAUAUGGGGUUUUCUCGUCAAUUGGCUCGGGAUGCUCAGCACGUUCGCUGCGAUCGCAGAAUUGGCUAGUAUGGCGCCGACGGCAGGUGGGCAGUACCAUUGGGUCGCGAUGAUGGCGCCGAAAUCGUGCAAUGUGUUUCUGGCGUAUUUGACAGCAUGGCUCACUGUCCUCGCCUGGCAGGUCUUCGCGACGUCCACUAGCUUUCUUCUUGGGACUCUCACACAAGGAAUCGUUAUCUUGGCGAAUCCAACAUAUGUCCCGAAGACGUGGCACACAGUUCUGUUGAUCUGGUGUAUUAUGCUGGUGGCUGUGGCUCUGAAUUCCACGACUUCCCGUGUGCUAGUCAAUUUCGAAGGCAUCAUUUUAAUCGUGCACCUGGUAGGAUUCUUCUGUGUGUUGAUUCCGCUUGUGUAUUUCGCGCCGCAUAGCGAUCCGUCGUUCGUGUUCACAACAUUUUUGAACGAGGGGGGGUGGAAUAGCCAAGCGAUAUCGUUCUUUGUGGGAUUGCCGACGACGGCUAUGAGUCUUUUGGGUGCUGAUAGCGCGGUACAUAUGUCCGAAGAGAUUCAAUGUGCGGCAACGGUAGUGCCUCAGGCGCUCACGUACACGAUGCUCAUCAACGGAACGCUUGCACUUGCAAUGGCUAUCGCGAUGAUCUUCUGCAUCGGCGACUUAGAAAAAGCUCUAGCUGCGCAGGAAACUUUAUUCUACCCUUUCAUUGAGAUUUUUCGGUCCGCGGUAAAAUCCACAGCUGGAGCUUGUAUAAUGGCGUCCAUUAUCCUAUUCAUGGGCAUUGCGAGCGGCGUCGGCGCAUAUGCAUCUGCUUCUAGAAUAUUGUGGUCUUUCUCGCGGGAUCGAGGGCUACCUGGCCACAAGUUCCUAUUCCGGCUCUCCAAGAACUCUCUCCCUGUUCCAGCUAUUUGCGUAACUCUCCUCACAACUUGUCUCUUCUCUCUCAUCGUCCUCGGCUCCUCAGUUGCAUUCAACGCCCUUCUAUCUCUCACUGUUGUCGCCCUCUUCAGCACCUACCUCCUAGUCUGCAUUCUCCUUCUCUGGCGCCGCAUCGACGGCUCGCUUCAGCCCGGCGACUGCUCCAUUUCCGACGCGGAUCGCAUGGUGUGGGGACCUUGGAGAUUGCCGGAGCCGCUCGGCACUAUCAAUAAUGUCUUCGCGUGCGGCUAUCUGAUUUUCAUGCUUUUCUGGAGCUUUUGGCCUCCGCAAACGCCUACAACGGCUAAGAAUGCGAAUUUCAGUAUUCUAAUUUUUGGUGUGGUGGUGCUGUUUAGUGUGGUGUGGUAUAUGCUAAGGGCGAGGCGGUACUUUAAGGGGCCGCUGAGGGAGGUGGAUCCUGCGCAGAUUCCAAAUUGA